AUGCCACCAGCCCCGUCUCCUAAAGAUGCUCUUCAAGAAAUGUCAAUCACAAAAUAUACUGCGGAUUCAAUCAUGCAUAUUCCCGAAAAGAUUUCGGAUUUAUUAGUGAAAUUAGAUACUACGGAAAUUAGAUCGAAUGAAGACUUGCGUCCUUUAGAAUUAUUACAACGGGUUACGAAUUAUUUAGCCGCUUCAAUGAUCUUUUUGCAAAACAACGCUUUGUUAGAGAGACCUUUGAGCAAAGAUGACAUUAAAGGGAGAUUAUUGGGUCAUUGGGGAACGUGUCCCGGAAUUAAUUUUAUUUACGCUCAUUGUAAUCAUCUAAUAAAGAAAUAUUCCAUUCAAAUGUUUCUUGUAACCGGUCCAGGACAUGGAGCUCCUGCAAAUUUAGCCAAUCUAUUUGUUGAAGGAUCUCUGGCUAAAUUUUACUGCCAAUAUAGUGUUAAUAAGGAUGGUUUAAAUAAAUUGAUUAAUGGUUUCAGUUGGCCACAUGGCUUUCCAAGUCAUGUCAAUUCCGAAGUUCCAGGUCAAAUUCAUGAAGGUGGUGAGCUUGGAUACGCUCUUGCGGUAAGUUUUGGUGCAAUUAUGGAUAACCCGGAUUUGAUUGUCACGUGUAUUGUUGGCGAUGGAGAAGCUGAAACGGGUCCGACGGCAGCAGCUUGGCAUUCUUAUAAAUAUAUUGAUCCUGCUGAAAGUGGUGCGGUAAUUCCAAUCUUACAUGAUAAUGGAUUCAAGAUUUCAGAAGAGACAAUUUAUGGCGUUAUGGAUGAUACCGAUAUCGCCACAUUAUUCACUGGGUUCGGAUACCAAGUUUGUAUUGUGUCAAAUUUGAAAGAUAUUAAUGCGGAAAUGGCUGCUUCAAUGGAAUGGGCAUGCCAUGAAAUUCGAAGGAUUCAAUUCUGUGCCAGGUCCGGAAAUCCAAUUUUCAAACCAAGGUGGCCGAUGAUUGUUCUUCGAACUCCAAAAGGUUGGACGGGUCCUAAGGAGUUACAUGGUACACCUAUUGAAGGUUCAUUCAAAUCUCAUCAAGUACCAUUACCACGUGCAAAAGUUGAUGAUGAUGAAUUUCAUUUAUUGGAAUCCUGGUUAAAGAGUUAUAAUUUUCAUGAAUUAUUUGAUUUGUCUGAGGAUUCAUUUAAAAAAGAAGUGCUUGAAGCUUUGCCAAAAGAAGAAUUGCGUAUGGGAAGUAGGAAAGAAACUUACGCCGCGUAUAAACCUUUAAAUUUACCGGAUUGGAAAGCAUUCACGGUAGAAAAAGGUGCAAACGAAAGUUGUAUGAAAUCUGUUGGUACUUAUUGUUCUAAAGUCAUUGAAAUGAACCCAAAGAGUUUCAGAAUUUUUUCUCCAGACGAACUCGUUUCAAAUAAAUUGGAUGCCAUUUUCCAAGUCACCAAUCGAGACUUUCAAUGGGCUUCUCAGACCAGCAAUAAAGGAGGUCGUGUAAUUGAAAUUCUGUCCGAGCAUACAUGUCAAGGAUGGAUGCAAGGAUACACUUUAACAGGACGCGUCGGAUUAUUUCCAUCUUAUGAAACAUUUUUGGGAAUUAUCACUACAAUGAUGAUUCAAUAUGCAAAAUUCCUUAAGGUAGGUAUGGAGACUUCUUGGAGACUACCAAUUGGAUCUUUGAAUUAUAUUGAAACUUCAACCCUAUGGCGACAAGAGCACAAUGGGUUUUCUCACCAAAAUCCAUCAUUUCUCAACAACCUUAUCAAUAUGAAGUACGCGUAUGUUCGAAUUUAUUUGCCGGCAGAUGCAAAUUGUUUCCUGAGUACAAUAGCACAUUGUUUAAGAGCCGAAAAUUAUAUUAAUUUGAUGAUUGGAAGUAAGAAUCCAAUUCCGGUUUGGCUUUCACCUGAAGAGGCAGAGAGACAUUGCAUAGCAGGAGCGUCGGUAUGGAAAUUUGCUUCAACAGAAGAUGGUCUUGAUCCUGAUGUUGUUUUGGUUGGAUGUGGUGCAGAAGUCACAUUUGAAGUUAUUGCAGCCGCAAGUUUAUUAAAACAAGAUGUCCCAGAAUUACGCGUUCGAGUAGUCAACGUGACAGAUUUAAUGAUUUUACCGGGGCAUAGAACUCAUCCACAUUCCCUGGAUAAUGGCGCUUUUAUUAGUUUAUUUACUAACGACAAGCCAAUUAUAUUUAAUUUUCAUGGAUAUCCAAGUGUAAUUAAAGCACUUUUAUUUGACAGACCUAAUCCACAACGUAUAAAUGUGUUGGGGUAUCAAGAAGAAGGCACUACCACAACCCCUUUCAGGAUGUUAACUGUUAACGGAACCAGCAGAUUUGAUGUUGCGAUAGCAGCUAUUCAUGAUGCAGCCAAAUCCUGA